AUGAAGCUACCUCCCAUCGCGGUAGCCUGUCUUUCCGCUCUCGCCAUAGACUCAUGCAGCAACGUCAUCGCGCAACGCUUGAAAGCAUGGAACGAAUCUAAGCCCUUCGUCUUCGACCGCGUCCUCUUUACCCAGUUCGCCAUCAUGGUCGUACUCACCGCGCCCAUCAACUACCACUGGCAGAAUUGGCUCGAGCGCGCGUUUCCGGGCUGGAAGACCGUCAAGCAAACAAGGGCUGUAGGCGAAGGUGAAGAGGAGAAGGGCAUAAUGCUGAGAGGUGAUGGAGAAGGAAAGGGCAUUGUGGAAGAAGAGGUUAGAGUGAGGAACUGGUGGAAUAUUUUCAAGAAGUGGUUUACGGACUGCAUAACCAUGGGCGCGCUACUGAACCAGUCAAUGUUCCUGAUUCUGAUUGGUCUCAUGAAGGGCAAGACAGUUGCGAUGAUUGGGCAGGACUUCAGAAACGAGCUCUUCGGUCUCAUCUUCGAUUCAUACAAGGUCUGGCCGAUUGCCAACUUCUUUAGCACCACCUUCAUCCCUGUCGAGCGUCGUAUUGUCUUCCUCAGCUUCUGCGGUUUACUGUGGAACAUAUAUCUGAGUCUGGUGGCAGCUCGAUUGUAG